CCACUACGAGUUUAUGGUGAUGCCAUUCGGCCUCACCAACGCACCCGCUACCUUCCAGAGGGCGAUGAACGACAUCUUCAAGGACAUCCUGGAGCAGUACGUUCUCGACUACCUCGACGAUUUCCUGAUCUACAAUCGUACCCUUGAGGAGCAUCUCAGACACCUCCACGACGUCCAUGACCGCUUGCACAGACAUGGCUUCUACGCCAAGCUGAGCAAGUGCCGCUUUGCCGAGCGAAAACUCCGGCUCGCUGCCAUCUCAGGCACCACCGUCUGCCACUCGGUGAUCGACGAGUUUCGCACUCAGUACCGCCACUGCCCUGACUAUCGCGACAUCCAUGCGACCCUUCAGACUCGCAAGACCGCCCCGAACUACUCUCUUAGCGACAACGGUCUUGUGUACUGGCACAGUUUACAAGGCACCACGGUUCCCUCCACUGGACAACUACGUGUCCGGGCAGUAACAGAGUUCCAUUACCAGGCAGCCGCCGAUGAUAUGGGCUUCCACAAGACGUUGGCUCGUGUGAGCCGCCUGUACGUGUGGCCGAAGCGCAAGGACUUUGUGAAGGACUACGUCGCAGAGUGUCCCAACUGUCAGGAGGUGAACAAUGCGAACCACCUGCCUUAUGGUUUGCUCCAACCUCUUCCUAUCCCUAAGGGUCGUUGGCAGUCCAUCUCGAUGGACUUUAUCGGUCCUCUUCGUCCUCCGACCCCCCGCGGUCAUGAUGCUAUCCUGGUCGUCGUCGACCGCUUCAUGAAGCGCGCACGCUUUGUUCCGUGCCGCUAUGCCAUCAGUGCACGUGAGGUCGCCGAUAUCGUGUUUGACCGAGUCCUGCGUGACUACGACUUAUCUUUGAGCAUCAUAUCUAACCGUGACCCCCGCUUUACCAGCCGAUUCUGGCGACGGCUCCACGAGGUUUACGGCACCCAGCUCCGCUUCUCCUCGUCUUACAAUCCCCAGACUGAUGGUCAGACUGAGGUCACGAACAAGACUCUCGGAGAUAUUCUCCGAAAGAUUGCUCAUGACAACCAGCAGUGGGAUCUCCAUCUUGCCCUUGCAGAGAUAGCCUACAACCGCGCCGUCUCGCUAGCCACGGGGAUGUCGCCUUACUAUUGCCACCUCGACUAUCACCCUCAUGUUCCCGCGGACUUCCUUCGACCGUCACAGAUGCACCCCGACACGAGUUGUCCCGCGUUGGAUGACUGGGUUGCACACAUGACGUCGAUCAUGAAGACCGCGCAUGAGCACAUAACCGCUUCCCAGACUCGCAUGGCAGCACAUGCGAACCGAUCGAGGAUGGAUCAUCCAUUCAAGACGGUGAUGAUGUGCUUAUCGACGCUCGCCACUUACAGCUCAAAGAGAACACGCUUCGCAAGUUUCGGCGUCGCUUCUUUGGCCCAUGCCGCAUUCUCCAGGCCGUCGGUUCUAAUACGGCUUCUAGCCCGGUCAACUUCCGUGUGAAGCUGCCCGACUACCUACGUCAGGGUCGUGUGCACGAUGUCUACCACGUCUUGUUACUGCGUCCCUAUUGUCGACCAUCU